UUGAACUGUCUGUGGAUGGUGGGUGUCGGAAGGGUGGGAAGACUUGUCGGGGAGGGUGUGUGAGUGAGCGAACAAGCCGGAACGUCUCUGUCUCACGAUUCAGUUUCUUCAUUUGAGAGACCGCUUGCACGAGUCAUAACCUGACAAACAAGCCCGGGAAUCCCUCUAGCCAUGGCAGGAGCUGGAGGUGGGAGCAAUGACGUGCAGUGGUGCUUCUCACAGGUGAAGGGGGCCAUUGAUGACGACGUUGCCGAAGCCGACAUCAUAUCUACUGUGGAGUUCAACCACUCAGGGGAGCUGCUAGCAACAGGAGACAAGGGUGGCAGGGUCGUCAUCUUUCAGCAGGAAAUGGAGAAUAAGAGUCAGCCACAGUGUCGUAGUGAGUACAAUGUUUACAGUACUUUCCAGAGCCAUGAACCAGAGUUUGACUACUUGAAGAGUUUAGAGAUCGAGGAGAAGAUCAACAAAAUCCGCUGGCUGCCCCAGAAGAACGCAGCUCAGUUCCUGUUGUCCACAAACGACAAAACCAUAAAGUUGUGGAAGAUCAGUGAACGAGACAAGCGACCAGAGGGCUACAACCUGAAAGAGGAGGAUGGACGCUACAUAGACCCCAACACUGUCACUGCACUUCGAGUGCCUGUGUUUAGACCCAUGGACCUCAUGGUGGAGGCGAGCCCUCGCAGGGUGUUUGCCAACGCGCACACCUACCACAUCAACUCCAUCUCCAUAAACAGUGACCAUGAGACGUAUCUAUCCGCAGACGACCUGCGCAUCAAUCUCUGGCACCAGGAGAUCACAGACCGCAGCUUCAACAUUGUGGAUAUAAAGCCAGCCAACAUGGAGGAGCUGACAGAGGUGAUUACAGCAGCUGAGUUCCAUCCACACCAGUGCAACACCUUUGUCUACAGCAGCAGCAAGGGCACCAUCCGCCUCUGUGACAUGAGGGCAUCUGCACUAUGUGACACGCACUCCAAAUUGUUCGAAGAGCCGGAGGACCCCAGUAACCGCUCCUUCUUCUCUGAGAUAAUCUCUUCCAUCUCAGACGUCAAGUUCAGCCACAAUGGGCGCUACAUGAUGACCAGGGACUACCUGUCUGUCAAGAUUUGGGACCUGAACAUGGAGAGCAGGCCCGUGGAGACGUACCAGGUUCACGAGUACCUCAGGAAUAAGCUGUGCUCGCUCUAUGAAAACGACUGCAUCUUCGACAAGUUUGAGUGCUGCUGGAACGGAAAUGACAGUGUGGUGAUGACGGGCUCAUACAACAACUUCUUCCGGAUGUUUGACCGGGGCCAGAGGCGGGACGUGACCCUGGAGGCGUCCCGGGAGGGCAGUAAGCCACAGCAGGUCCUGAAGCCCCGCAAAGUGUGUGCCGAUGGGAAGCGGAAGAAGGAUGAGAUCAGUGUAGACAGCCUGGACUUCAACAAGAAAAUCCUCCACACUGCCUGGCACCCUCAGGACAAUGUCAUCGCUGUGGCAACCACCAACAACCUCUACAUAUUCCAGGACAAAGUGAACUAGAUGUUUUCUGUGAAGGCAGACAUCCACUACCUUCAGCCUUUAAUUUUAGUCAAGAACAAAAUGUGUGACAACAUCGCCGUCAACAACAACUAACCUGUCAUUGGACAAAACAGACUUUGCCAUGUUUCCAGGUGUGGGAAACUGAAACUAUAUUCUUGCCCACCAUCAGCCUCUGUGGCACAGUGACGUGUCACUCACCAUGAUAUUGUUUUGGUGGUGAUGUGCCAAUCUGUGUGUCGGCUGCCCAGUAACGCCCAGCCCCAGGGCAACAUGGGUAACUUGUUUAAUUUAUAUGUAUGUCUGACAAGCACACUUUCUUUGGGGGGGGGCUAGUAGAAAAACCAACACUCUGAGAACCAUCCCUGCCCCUUCAGCAGCACCUCUCAUUGUCUGGUGUCAUAGUCAUGUUUUUUUAUUAGUCAACUGCUAAACUGUUCUGUUUUAAUUCAAUUACAAGAACUGGUGUUCUGUU